AUGCGCGACGGAGUACGUUCAUGUUGUUUGAAAACGUCUAACUUGUCAAAAAAGUUUUUUGGCUUCGUUGUCUCGCAUGUAGGGCUGUGCGUGUUGGUGGCCGCUUAUGCGGUACUGGGUGCUUUUAUGUUCCGCGAAAUUGAGUAUCCAGAGGAGCUGAAAUUUCAAGGGCACAUCCAAAAUGACACGUGGACGGUGGUAGCGGAACUGUACAAAUUUAUUGAUGGAAGUGAUGUGAUCGAAGAACUCGAAGUGAAGAAUAAGGCACAUGAAUUGCUCAAAAACUUCGAAUUGCAGCUUGUUAACGCCGUCAAUUUUGAAGGCUAUGAUGGAAAAGAUGAUGCUGUUCCCACCUAUCAGUGGACAUUUUCCGGUGCUCUUUUAUUUUCUAUUACAGUUUUCACUACAAUCGGGUACGGUCAUAUUUGUCCAAAGACUCCACUGGGUCGUGGUUUGACCAUUCUUUAUGCAAUGGUUGGAAUACCUCUUAUGUUAUUGUGUUUGGCGAAUAUUGCCGAAAGUCUUGCUCAGGUGUUUACGUUCGUUUAUUUUAAAGUUUGUUGUGCAUAUUGCCGUUGGCAGAAGAACAGACGUCGCGUCCGACGUGCUGCGCUCAGUUUUCGAUAUCAUCCGAAUGCAGCGAUGAACGUGAGGAGAGGUACUGUUCACUUCACUUCACGAUCCACUUUUCAUUCUCUCACAUUAAAAUGUAGCCAUAACUGCAACAUAACCCGAAAUGUUCCUUCGAGAACGAUUGCUCUGUCGGAGAUAACUACUGUAUAA